UUGCUGCCAUUUGCUGUUACGAGACUGCGCACUGUCACCAUGAUGGCGGAAGAGCUAUUGAGGCAGUAACGAUUUGAGAAAUUACGACCACUAUUUCUAAUUAUCCUUCAACAAUACCUUCUGCCACACAUUAGUAUAGAGCUCUAACAUCCAUUUCCGAAGCCAUGAGGCGAAGUAAGGCUGAAGUGGAUCGCUAUAUCUCUUCAGUACACAGUUCGUCCCCUUCGCUCAAAGAGAAGCCAAUCAAAGGCUUUUUAUUUGCCAAGCUGUAUUUUGAGGCGAAGGAGUAUGAACUUGCUAAAAGACAUGUGUCCGAGUAUCUUAAAAUCCAAGAGAGGGACCCCAAAGCACACAAAUUCCUUGGUCAGCUCUUUGAGAAAGAGGGAGAAGUUGACAAAGCAGUUGGAUGUUAUAAGCGGUCAGUGGACCUGAACCCAGCACAGAAGGACCUGGUUCUGAAGGUGGCUGAGUUGCUGUGCAGUAAGGAUCCAACUGACAGCAGGGCAGAGUUCUGGGUGGAGAAGGCCAACAAGCUGCUCCCUGGUAACCCCGCUGUCUUCAACCUCAAGGAGAAGCUGCUCAGCCGUCAGGGCCAACAGGGAUGGAACCGCCUUUUCGAUCUUCUGCAGUCUGAGUUAGCGGUGCGCCCAGCCGAUGUCCACGUGAACAUAAAGCUGGUUGAGCUGUACUCUAAAGAUGGCCGCCUGGACGAGGCUGUGGAGCACUGCUUGAGCCAUGAGAAAAAGGGCCAGCUACGCAAAAGUCUGGAUUGGAACUCCGUGGUGGCCGACACACUGCAGGAAUACCUGGCCCAGCCCGGUGUCUCCAACAAUGAAAAGCUGUGUCGUCGCCUUAAAGGAGAGCUGCUUCUGGCCCACUGCAACCUGUUGAGACUCAAACUAUCAGUCAGUGGAGUGCUGCCCGCACUUGAUGCCCUGAGAAGUUUUGAUGAAGCCAUGCGGUCUGUGAGUGCCACAGCAGGUGGCCAGACAGACGAGCUGUGCGAGGUGUUUGGAGAAAUGCGAGCUCACCUUUACCUGCACACUGGUACCCUCCUACUGAAAAUGGCCCAAGAGCGUGAGCAGAACUGGAGAGCUGUGACCGACUUGGCCACCCUCUGCUUCCUGUUGUCUUACCAGGUGCCCAGACCAAAGCUUAAACUUACUAAAGGAGAUCAGUUGGCGCCCCAGCUGUUGGAGCUGAUGGCCAACGAUAGACAGAGCCAGGCUGGGCACAUGCUGCUCAACCUCGGCUCGGACCCACAGACCUUUAUCACCGAGGUGGUGGAAGCAUUUGGUAAUCGCAUCGGGCAGGGCUCUCUUUUUGAGCUCCUGUUUGGAGAGCAGUCCUCCACAAGUGCCUCCUUCAUGGCCAAUGAUGACUUCGGUUCCAUCAACACACAAGUCCCAGAAUUCUCUCAGCUGGCUAAGUGGGACAAUGGUUCCAUCAUGCUCCAUGGAGGAGACUUGCAGCACCUGAGCUGGCUGGGCCUGCAGUGGACCUUGUUGGCCCAGAGGCCAGCCCUGCGAGAGUGGCUCAAGCAGCUCUUCCCAAGACUCAACCUGGAAACAUCCAAGCUUGACACCAAUGCUCCCGAGUCCAUCUCCCUGCUGGACCUGGAGGUGUUUGUGUGCGGGGUGGUCUUCUGCUGCCAUAGCCAGCUCCAGGAGACCGCUAAGAUCAGCUGUGUCGGCCAGCAGCCGCUCAGCCAGCCCCGAUGCCUUCCUCUUCCUCUACUGCGCUCCCUGUCCACCGAUCGGCAGAGGGAGUGGUGGGAUGCCAUCUACAGUCUCAUCCAUAAACAAGCCCUAACUGGCACGUCAGCCAAGCUGCGUAUGGUUGUGCAGCAUGGUCUGAGUUCACUCAGAGCAGGAGAGAAACACGGCUUGCAGCCAGCACUCGCUAUUUCCUGGGCUCAACAUCUCAGCCAGAUGGGCAUGGAGGUGAACUCAUACUAUGACCAGAAGGAAUACAUUGGCCGUAGUGUCCACUACUGGAAGGCUGCUCUUCCUCUCUUGGACAAGAUCAAAAACAGGCGAAGCAUACCAGAACCCCUUGACCCCCUCUUCAUUCAUUUCUCCAACAGAGAUAUCCAGAUCUCAAUUGUGAAGGGCUAUGAGGAAGAAGCCAUGAUAGGAUUUGCGUCUCUCUUGGACGUAGAGGGUAAGACGGAAGAAGCCAUUUCCACCCUGGAAACGAUCAAUAACGUGUCAUCUUCCUGGCAUCUUGCACGGAUCUACCAAAGGCUGUCAGAGGAGGCAGGCAGUGGGGUAGAGGAGACACAAGACCGGUGUAUCAUGUUCCUCAAGAAGUUCAGAACUUACCUGUCGAAGAUCUACCAUUCAGAUGACCUGGAGCAGCUGCCGAUAUCCAUGGAAGAUGUGAUGGACCUCUUGAAUGAGGUGAAUCAGCAGCUGGAAGAGAUUGGUGAGAUUGCAGAGGAGAAAGAGGAGAAGGGAGGAGCCCGAAGAGCACCAACCCGGUCCACACCAGAAACUACCGCAACUUUCUCCCGCAUCAACUUCCCAACCACGUCGCCUAAUAAAAGCACAGUUUCUCCCUCCAAAAUACACCUGAUGUCUCCUAAGACACCACCGCAUUGGGUCGAGGAUCAAAAGUCUCUGCUACAGAUGCUCUGCCAGCAAGUAGAAGCUCUCAAAAAUGAGGUCCACGAUCUGAAGCACAAUUCUAGUGGGAACCUUGGCUCCCCUCAUCAUCAGAUGUAUGGGGACAGCUAUGGAGCCGACGGCCUACAAGAGCCCUACACCCCGGUACCGUCCUUUCAAGCACCACAAUUAACAGAUGCUACCACAGGGCAGUCUGGGUACUACAACCAGUCUCCAGUUUAUAACUCUCAAUAUCCACCUCGCACAUCAGCAAAUGUGACCCCCACAAAGGGUUCCAUGUACAACAUGAAUCGUAUGCCCCCACAACCGCAUAUGUAUUCCUACCAGCAGCCGAACCACACACCACCAAUGCAACCUGCACUGCCCUGCGUCUACCCCCCACAAGAACAAGUUUUCGGUGCACCUCUUCGCUUUGAGUCACCAGCAACCAACCUUCUCUCGCCGUAUAGUGAGGAACAUUACAAUCGUGGUGUAACUCAGCCAACAACCAACCUGCCCCUCCCUGAGCCUGGUUACUUUACCAAACCCUCUCCGGUUACCGUUCAACCAAAGAGCAUUGAGGGGAAAGCAAUGGAUUUUGGGAAAAUCUCUUUUGGCCAAAUAGCAUUGACUGACAUCCCAAAGGUUCCUAGUCUUGUUGCUGGGCCAACUAGUCAAACUGCACAAUCUUCAGAUUUCAAAUUCAACUCUAAUAAUUUCAAAUCCAACGACGGAGACUUUACCUUCUCUGCUUCUCCAGCCAAGCACAGUGAGAGUCUGCUUGGGCUGCUGACUUCGGAUAUUUCCACUAAAACAGACUUUGAGCAGAAGCCUGGGACUCAGGAUCAAUCCACUAGCCAAGGGAGCAUCUUCACAUUUGGAACUAAAAAUCUUUCUGGGUUCAGUUUCGCAAGUGCAACAACAAACACUGGAAUUCCAGGCGCAUUUGAAAAAGUUGAGAAGCCAUUUAGUUUUGGGGAUGUCAACAAGCCUAUAGAUGAAGUUGAAAAGCAACCUCAAGUCGAGCAAAAUCAGCCACUGGAAAGUGACAAUGACAGCACCCAGUUAGAGGAUGAUGAUGAUGGUCCUCAUUUUGAACCAAUUGUACCUCUGCCCGAUAAGAUAGAUGUCAAAACAGGUGAGGAAGAAGAACAGGAAUUGUUCUGUAAUAGGGCCAAGCUGUACCGUUUCGAAAUGGAGACAAAGGAGUGGAAAGAGCGGGGUAUUGGAAAUAUAAAGAUUUUAAAGCAUAACAUUUCAGGAAAGGUGCGAAUCUUAAUGAGGAGAGAACAAGUCCUUAAGAUCUGUGCCAACCACUAUAUCAACGCUGAUACCCUACUUAAACCCAAUGCUGGCUCAGAUAAGUCAUGGGUCUGGAAUGCCAUUGAUUAUGCAGAUGAGCAGCCCAAACCUGAACAACUAGCCAUCCGCUUCAAAACUGCGGAGGAGGCAAUGCUUUUCAAAACAAAGUUUGAUGAAGCUCAACAAAAUGUGCCCAAGUCACCAACAAAGCAUUGCUUGCAGGAAAAGAGAGACGUGGGCUAUAAACUGAAUGAAACCAAAUCAUCAUUUGGAGCCCAGUUUGCACUUAAGGACGGGGAAUGGGACUGCAAUGUUUGCUAUGUGCGAAACAAGCCCAAAGAUAUUCAAUGUGUAGCUUGUCAGACCAAAAAUCCACAAACUGUGUCAGAACCAGGAGGAACGACAGUCACUGACUCCAAACCACCACCCCCACUUGGAGGACCAACAGCAGCAAGUAGCUUCACUUUCAAAUUUGGCACUGAGUCUUCAAAGAAUAGUUCUAGCACUCCAUUUUCAGGAUUUGGGGCAUUCGGUUCUUCUAAUCCUCCAUUUUCAUUUGUUACCAGUGGUCAAACCCUGGCCGAUACUGGAACCAGUGCAUUUGGAGCUCAGUUUAAUAAGAAGCAAGGUCAAUGGGACUGUGAUGCGUGUUAUGUAAGAAAUGAGUCGGCCUCAAACAGUUGUGUUGCCUGUCAAGCACCUCAUUCCUCAACAGCAUCAGGUGUCAAAAAACCAUCAGAAACCGCUGGUCCACCUGCAGAAACAGCAGCUGCCCCAACCACCGAGUCUCAGAGCUCUGCGUUUGGCUCGAGUUUUGGAAGCCAAUUUGGGAUGAAGGCAGGUCAAUGGGACUGUGAUGCAUGUUAUGUAAGAAAUGAGUCAUCAUCGACGAGUUGUGUUGCCUGUCAAACUCCUCAGGCCUCAGCAGCUGCCGUUGACUCAGGAACAUUCGGUCCACCUGCACAAAUGGCUGUUGACCCAACCAGCAAGCCCCAGAGCUCUGCGUUUGGAUCGAGUUUCGGUAGCCAAUUUGGGAUGAAACAAGGUCAAUGGGACUGUGAUGCAUGUUAUGUGAGAAAUGAGUUCUCAUCCAAGAGUUGCGUUGCCUGUCAAACUCCUCAGGCCUCAGCGGCAUCAGUUGUCUCUCAAACGGCAGGCCCACCUGCACAAAUGGCAGCUGCCCCAACCAGCAAGCCCCAGAGCUCUGCGUUUGGAUCGAGUUUUGGUAGCCAAUUUGGGAUGAAGGCAGGUCAAUGGGACUGUGAUGCAUGUUAUGUGAGAAAUGAGUCCUCAUCGACGAGUUGUGUUGCCUGUCAAACUCCUCAGGCCUCAGCAGCAUCAGUUAUCACAGAAAAAGCAGGGCCACCUACCCAAAUAAAAGCUGCCCCAACCACCAAGCCUCUGAGCUCUGCGUUUGGCUCGAAUUUCGGUGGCCAAUUUGGGAUGAAACCAGGACAGUGGGACUGUGAUGCAUGUUAUGUAAGAAAUGAGUCCUCAUCCAAGAUUUGUGUUGCCUGUCAAACUUCGAAUCCCUUAUCCAAAACGACUUCCCCUACAGCUAAAGCACCAUGCCCUACUUCAUCACUGGGAGCCAUGUUUGCUAAGAAAGUUGGGGAGUGGGACUGUGACACUUGUUUGGUCAGGAACAAUGCGUCGGUCAGUCAAUGUUUGUCCUGUCAGACGGCUAAUCCUAACCAAAGUACUAGUGGCCCUGGUACUUCAAUAGGCAUCAGUAGCUCAACAUUUAGCUUUAGUUUUGGAGAUAAAACUGCAUCGAGUCAAUCAGCUGUAACUACCUUAACUUCUAGCUUUGGUAGCAGCAACGGUUCUUCCUUUAAGUUUGGAGUGCCCCAUUCAGAAAUUCCUGUUACUACUGCUUCAAGCUUUUCAUUUGCAUUGCCCAUCCAAGCUGGGGGAUUCAAGUUUGGGGCUCAAGAAACUACAAAUGUAGUAUCUGCGAUGAAAACUGGACCAGUGACUGCUUCUACAGUCCUCAAAAACUUAGCGGACCAACACAAAGAAACAAUGUCUACACAAUCUAUUGAUGGAACUAAGGAAGACGAAAAUGCACUAUUUACUGGUAGGCAUGAUGCAUUCAGUUUUGCAGCCUUGGCCACCUCUUCUAGUGGGGACUUUCAAUUUGGCCAGAAUGAUCCCUCUUUUAAGGGCUUCUCUCGUGCUGGCGAAAAUCUGUUUUCAUCCAACCAGGGGUCUCCAAGCAAGGUAGGCUCUUCAGCUGCCCAGGAAGAGGACAUGUACAAGACGGAGGAGAAUGAUGACAUACAGUUUGAACCUGUUGUUCAGUUGCCGGAAAAGGUUGAUCUGGUGACGGGAGAGGAGGAAGAGCAGGUUCUCUACUCCCAGCGUGUUAAGCUGUUUCGUUUUGAUACCGGCCUAAGCCAAUGGAAAGAACGGGGCUUGGGUGUCCUCAAAUUUCUCAAAAAUGCCUCUAAUGGCAGACUCAGAGUUUUAAUGAGAAGAGAGCAGGUCCUGAAGGUAUGUGCCAACCACUGGAUCACCACCACAAUGAAUCUCAAGCCUCUAGCAGGGUCAGACAAAGCAUGGAUGUGGUUAGCAAAUGAUUUCUCGGAUGGAGAUGCUAGACUAGAACAGCUAGCAGCCAAGUUCAAAACACCAGAGCUAGCAUCGGAGUUCAAGCAAAAGUUUGAAGAGUGCCAGAGACUCCUACUAGAUAUCCCAUUGCAGACACCACACAAGCUUGUUGAUACUGGCAGAACAGCCCAUCUCAUUCAGAAAGCUGAGGAAAUGAAGACUGGUUUAAAAGAUUUAAAAUGUUUCCUGACCGAUGGGAAAACUAAACUCUGUGAUGAAAGCGCAGCAAACCUCACACCAUCUAGCAAUGUGAUGGGGCUGACCGUGAAGCCCCACACUGAAGGCACAGGUCCUGCUUUGGAAUGGGAUAACUACGAUCUUAGAGGAGAACCUUUAGAUGACUCUGCUGACACUUCUGUGUAUGCUUCUCCUCUAGCAAGCAGUCCCGUUAGAAAGAACCUAUUUCGAUUUGGAGAAUCCACCAGUGGUUUUAGCUUCAGUUUUCAGCCUGGCAUCAGCCCUUCCAAGUCUCCUGCUAAGCUCAAUCAGAGCGGAGUGUCAGUGGGCACUGAUGAUGAGCAGGAUUCAACUCAAGAUGAGGACAAAGAUGGUCAGUACUUUGAACCCAUUGUACCCUUGCCUGAUCUUGUGGAGAUUUCCACAGGAGAGGAAAAUGAGCAGGUGGUCUUCAAUCACCGGGCUAAACUGUACCGUUACGACAAAGACCUUAACCAAUGGAAGGAGAGGGGCAUCGGAGAAAUCAGGAUCCUGCAGAACUAUGACACUAGACGAGUGAGGCUUAUCAUGAGACGAGAUCAGGUGCUCAAGAUUUGUUGCAACCACUGGAUUACAACAGCAAUGAAGCUAGAAUUGAUGAAAGGAUCUGAGAAGGCCUGGGUGUGGAGUGCUUUAGACUUUACUGAUGCUAAAGAUGGAAGAGUUGAACAAUUGGCUGUGAGGUUCAAACUACAGGAUGUAGCAAAUUCAUUCAAAGAGGUAUUUGAGAAGGCCAAAAAUGCACAGGAUAGUGAGACACCAAUGACCCCAGUGACUUCAAGUGUGGCCACUCCUCAGGAAACAAUGCCAGCCAUGACUACACCUACACAAGUAUGUGGAAAAGAAGCGAUUGCCAUCCUGGAAGAAGCAAUUAAAGAGCGCACAGACCUGAUUUCCGACAGUCAGCCAUUGACAGCUAUAACUUGCAGCCCUUCAAACCCUAUGAAGAUGGUGGUUUCUCCCCCCAAGUUUGUCUUUGGUACAGAUACCCUCCAAAAAAUCUUUGGCCCAACCAAGUCUUCUCCAGAGCCCGAAAUAAAUUCAUCUAACUCCAGGACCGAAGAUAACCUCAAUGUGUCCCAGUCAUCUGCAUCCCCUGCAUUCAAAAUCCCAGAGAAAGGAUUGGAUUUUAGGCUUUUCAAAGAUAAUCCAAUGGCUUUUUGGACCACCACAUCGUCCUUCCAAUUUGAGUCCCCAGUACCCAGUUCUGCUGAAGGAAGUAGUGAAAAUUGGGUCUCUGAUGUUGAGGUGGUGUACAUGAGGGAGCCUACGCCUGAGCAGGCAGCGUUGGCCAAGAGUUUACUUCUGCCACUGACUUUCUUCUGCUACAAGAACGAACCAAGCUACACCAGCGACGAUGAAACUGAUGAUGAAGACUAUGAAUCUGCUGUGAACUCCUUAAACGGAAAGCUCUACCCUGACCCAACGGAGAGAGGAGCCACAGCAUCUGAUGAUCCAGACUGCCAGGUGGUCUGGGAGAAGAAGCCUACGCCAGAAGAGGAGGAGAAGGCAAAGAGCCUACAACUCCCCCCAACCUUCUUCUGUGAACUGGGCACCAGUGAUUCAGAGGGAGACAAGGCUGAGGAGUUUGAGACAGAGGUCCGCAAAGUACAAGAGGCACUGAUUGCCGAGGUGAAGUCUUCCACUGGUGCUUCAGAGACGUUGCCUUCAGGCCAGCUGUCCGGUACGGAGGAUGCAGGCAGCACAAGGGAUGCAGUCAGCACAGGGGUCGCAGUCAGCACAGGGGACGCAGUCAGCACCGGGGACGCAGUCUGCACCGAGGACGCAGUCUGCACCGAGGACGCAGUCUGCACCGAGGACGCAGUCUGCACCGAGGACGCAGUCUGCACCGAGGGCGCAGUCAGCACCGAGGGCGCAGUCAGCACCGAGGGCGCAGUCUGCACCGAGGGCGCAGUCAGCACCUUGGCACAAGGGGAGGCAAUCUCUGAUCAGGCAUCCGAGGCCCAGAAUACUGUCCCAAGCAACGGUUGUCCCAUCGAUCUCUCAACAAAGAAAAGCAAAGAUUCGGACUCGACUGUUGAUGCUGCAACUCCUUCACUUGCCAAUAUCUUCAGCACUACUAGUCAAGACAUCAACUUCGGCUUUAACACGCUCGGAGGCGGAAGCUUCUCCUUCGCAGAACUUGCACAAAACACUGGAGAUGGAGAAUAUGCCUUUGGAUCGAGAGACACCAACUUCUCCUGGGCAAAUGCUGGAGCCUCUGUGUUUGGUGGUGCAGCCAAACCCAAGAAAAACGGCGAGGAGGGGGAAGGGGAUGAAGGGGAGGCUGCCGAUGAAGUGGACAUUCACUUCGAGCCCAUAGUGUCUCUGCCAGAGGUGGAGACCAAGUCGGGUGAGGAGGACGAGGAAAUCCUGUUCAAGGAGCGCACCAAGCUGUACCGCUGGGACCGCGGGCUCAACCAGUGGAAGGAGCGCGGCGUGGGAGACAUAAAGAUCCUCUACCACCCCGCCAAGGGCACCUACCGCGUCAUCAUGAGGAGAGAGCAGGUGCUGAACGUGUGCGCCAAUCACAUCAUCACUCCCAUCAUGGAGCUCAAGCCCAUGAACUCGUCGGCCAACGCUCUGGUCUGGACCACCACCGACUAUGCAGAGGGCAAUGCUAGUGUGGAGCAGCUGGCAGCCAAGUUCAAGAACGCAGACCUAGCUGAAAAAUUCAAGAAGACCUUUUUGGAGUGUCAGCAGCGGUUGAGUCAGCCCAGUGAGGACGCCACCUUGCAGACGUUGUCCCGAGCCCAGGAACAUUCCCGGGACACCAAUCCCCGGGUUUUCCUGACCCUCGCCGCUGAUGACGAGACCCUCGGCACCAUCGGCGUGGAGCUGUAUUCCCACGCUGUCCCAAAGACGGCAGAGAACUUCCGGGUGCUCUGCACGGGAGGCAAGGGCUUUGGUCUGAAAAACUCCAUCUUCCACAGGGUUAUACCCAACUUCAUGUGUCAGGGAGGUGACUUCACAAACCACGAUGGAACCGGCGGAAAGUCCAUCUACGGUGGACAGUUUGAAGAUGAGAACUUUGACAUCCGACACACGGGCCCGGGCCUCCUGUCCAUGGCGAACCGCGGUCGGGACACAAACAACUCCCAGUUCUUCAUCACUCUGAAGAAGGCCGAGCAUCUGGACUUUAAACACGUGGUGUUUGGCUGGGUUCACGAGGGCAUGGAGGUGGUGCGGGCGAUGGCUGAGCUGGGCUCUGCGUCCGGCAAGUCCAGCAAGAAGAUAAGCAUUGUGGACUGUGGACAGGUUUCAUAGACAUUGAUAACUAAUAUGGUGAAAAACACUUGAGCACAGGAAACUCUAAAUGUCAUAAUGAUUUUCUCAAUCAACUCCCCGGGAAUCUGAAGUUAAAUGCUAUAAUAAGAGCAUGUGAUGAUUGUUCUUUCUCUUAUUCAGUCCUUUAAUGCAGAUUGUUUCUUGCCCUCCUUUUUUAAGCUGGACUGGAGUAGUCCAAUCGUUCGUACUGAUCAUAUUGGCGAAGGUAUAACGAGGCAGCCUUUUGUUAGAGGCCGGUGUUGUUGCUGGGUUGCACUUAGGUUUUACAUUACAUGUCACCUUUUAAGGGAAGUUGUUGUACAAAUAUGUAUAGUUAUUUUCCUGUUUUCAGAGGUAGCAUUGAUAAUUCACCAUGCACCAUAUUUUCCUGAUGUCGUGUUCCUUUUUUUUAAUGCUGACUUUCUAUAUGACUUGUUUUGCCUGUCCCUGUUUCUGUAAGAAAGAUGGUUAUACCUAAGGCUACAAAAUUCCUGCAUUGUAACGGGACAGACAGAACCGGAUUUACCCUAAAGAUAUCAAGUAAAAAGGGUGCUUCUCGUACUGAGAUGAAGAAUUGAAUAAAGUUGCUAUAAUUGUU